CUCUACUUUUUUUACGUAGGUCAAUAGAAAAAAUUCACACACCUUUUGGUACUAAAGGGGAAAAUAAUUAAUCCCCCUGAUUUACGUCCAAUUCCGAUUAUAACUAUUUGGGAUGCGUUAUGUCUUCUAUGGAUGUGCUAUGUACAGGAAAAGAAAAAUAUAACAAAUGAAUCACUCAUAGAAGACUUAAGAAACCUUGCUGUGAAGUUCAAGUUGAUGGAAGCGUUAUGUAACCUUCCAACAACAACAAAUUUUACAAUUUCUAAGGAUCGCUUUAUGUUUGGAGCCUCAAUUUGUAUUGGAAUACCCAAACACAAACUGACAAGAAAAAAUAUACAACAAAACAACGCGUCAGCGGCUUCUGCAAGAGUAGAUGUAAUACCUUCGAUAAAAGGUUCCACUCAUGUUGAAAUGCCACCCGGAUCAAUAUGCGGCCACCCAUGGGGAAAUUGCUCAGAAGCCACACCAUGGGAAGCCCUGCGCGGAGAAGAUUGCUCCGUUGAGUUGAACUCUUUAACGAUCACGUUAAAGGAUUUGGAGGAGAAGGAAAUUUGCUACAAAUGCAAUGAAGUUGCAAAGACAAUGAAAAGUAUGGGUGUUGCGAAGGUUGUACCGAUGCAUCUAUUUCCAUAA